AUGUAUAUGUGUAUAAUUUUUUUCAAGCCAAUUGUUUUUUCAUAGUGCACGUUGCACUGUAAAUACAACGGCGGGAAGGGAAACAAAGCGUAGCGGAGGAGGGAGGAGCAGUAGGAGGCGCCAUGCAGGAGGAGGUAUCGAAUUUUGGCCAAUCAAAAAAAGGUGACUUGUGUGGACGUCAUUAGCAUGUGGGUCUGUAAAUAGAGCGGGCGCGAGGCGGGCGUUAGUCAUUUUCUGUUCGUUUAUUCGACAAGCAGCAUCAUGCCCGAUCCAGCCAAGACCGCGCCCAAGAAGGGAUCAAAGAAAGCCGUGACCAAGACGGCCGGCAAAGGAGGCAAGAAGCGCAGAAAGUCCAGGAAGGAGAGCUACGCCAUCUACGUGUACAAGGUCCUGAAGCAAGUGCACCCUGAUACCGGCAUCUCAUCCAAGGCCAUGGGCAUCAUGAACUCCUUCGUGAAUGAUAUUUUUGAGCGCAUCGCCGGUGAGUCUUCUCGUCUGGCUCAUUACAACAAGCGUUCCACUAUCACCUCCAGGGAGAUCCAGACCGCCGUGCGCCUGUUGCUUCCCGGCGAGCUGGCCAAGCACGCCGUGUCCGAGGGCACAAAGGCCGUCACCAAGUACACCAGCUCCAAGUGAAGCGCGUUACCGCCGUCUUCA